CUCCCUGUGGCUUUGGGAAAUAAUUGGUCAGUAUUUAAUUAAAAUGUAUUUUAUGUUAGUUUGUUAGCUUUUGAAAUGUAAUUCUAAAUUUGAAGAUUAUGGUGAUCUUGUACAAUCUAAGUGUGGCGACACAUUUCCUGGCACAUCCGAAACGGCUCACAAUUAGCCAGCAUUCCGGCUAAGGGAGAUAGCCUACGGGGGUUUGUGAGUACGCGUCUUUUGCAGCAUCUGCGUCCAUGGGGGCUGGGUUGAGGGAGGCUUAAAAGCAAGGCUGUUUAGUUCGAAUAAAGCUAUCUUUGACUGCAGUUUACUGACACCGCUACAACGUGUUUUUAUCGCUGGCUGUCCAGACGGAAGGUGCUGAAACGCUUUGUCGCGUGUCUGGAAGAAGUGAAAACUUUCCUGGGCAGCAAAGGGCUCACCUUUCCUGAGCUGGAACAGCCAGAGUGGCUGGAAAAGCUACACUUCAUGGUAGACAUGACAGCGCACCUGAACACGCUGAACACAGCUCUUCAGGGGAAAGGACGCACAGCCCUGCACAUGUUGGAGGAUGUUUUGGUAUUCGAGCGCAAGUUGACAGUGCUUGCCAGAGAUUUACAGAAAGGCACUUUGUCUCACUUCCCCAAUUUGAGAGAGUUCAAACAAGGUCACGACAUGAUAAUUUCGGAGUAUUUACAUUCUGCAAUCAUCGCAAUGCAAACAUCGUUUGGGAAACGCUUCUGUGAGUUCAGAGAGGAAAAAAACACAUUAUCCUUCCCGGUCACUCCCUUAAGCAUUGAUCCUUCCCUACUGAAUACGACUGCAUUGGCAGGUGUGAGUCAACCUGAUCUUGAGAUGGAACUGGCCGACAUAGCCGACAAAGACAUAUGGGUGUCCAAGUUUAGACGCUUGACAGCAGACCUUGAAGAUGUUGCCCGUCAGAAGGCCGUUCUUGCUCAGAAUCACAAAUGGAGUGAUAUUGAAAACCUUCUAAAACCGGACAAACUUGUGUUCGAAACAUGGAAUGCUAUGCCCGACAUUUAUGUAAACAUGAAAAAGUAUGCGCUUGGAGUCCUGUCGAUCUUUGGAUCCACAUAUGUAUGUGAGCAGGUGUUCUCCAACAUGAACUUUAUUAAAAACAAACAUCGCGCACGCCUCACAGAUGACAGCUUGCGAUCCUGUGUAAAGAUGAAGGUGACGUCAUACAGCCCUGAUGUGCAGACACUGUGCGCUGAGGUCCAGGAGCAGAAAUCCCAUUAACCAAGCUGACAGCUGGCUGAUGUUAUUUUUGGUUUGCUGCUGGCGGAAAAUUUAAGUUCGGCGUUUUUCAUAAAUACAAGAAGGACUCAAAUAGACAUUGAGUAUUUUACUUAAAAGUAACUUUCA